GUUAGAGGAAGAAACAACCUUUCUCAUUUCCACAUCUAUUUUUUUCUAUUUUGGAACAACAGCCUGUGUGAUCCAACCAGUGCGCGUUGACCGUAAUGUUGAAACAAGGCGGGGCUGGCUGACCCUCCUGUCUCAUUUCGGACGGACCACAAGUAGGAUAGCGCGCGGAUACUGAAGAGUAGCUGCUGUUUUAUGACAUUGGAGAUUCAGGCAUGAAUUCGGCCGAACAGACGGUAACGUGGCUCAUAACACUGGGGGUCCUGGAGUCUCCCAAGAAAAGCAUCUCGGAUCCAGAGGCUUUUCUCCAGACGUCUCUGCAGGAUGGAGCGGUGCUCUGCAGGCUGCUGGAGCGACUCAGACCCGGGACGGUGGACAAAUUUUUCCAGGAACCGAGGGGCGACAGCGAGUGUGAGAGGAACAUUAGCGAGUUUAUUAAAGGCUGCGGGGCUUUCGGUGUGGAGCCUUUCGAGGUCAAUGACCUCCUGCAGGGACAGAACCUCUCUAAGGUCCUUAACUCCUUGGUUGCCCUCAACAAAGCUACUGAAGAUUUAAGUGUUUCUGAAGACAGCGUGUGUGUGCCGCACUCCUCACACUUGAGGAUCAAGUCGUUCGACUCUCUGAACACUCAGAGUCGCUCGUCUAAAGCGCUGCAGCCUCAGUACCGCAGCCUGGACAUGUCGGAGGGCAGUGGGUGUGGCCACGUGCUGUUCAAGGCGCGCUAUCCUUUCGAGCAGACCAAUGAGGACGAACUCUCUUUCUCCAAGGGCGACAUCGUCAGUGUUAGCCGGCAGGAGGAUGGCGGCUGGUGGGAAGGCUCCUGCAACGGCAAUUCUGGGUGGUUCCCCAGUAACUAUGUACGGGAGCUGAAGGGAAGCGACAAAACAUUAGAAAAGCCAAAGUCUGGGACACUGAAAAGCCCCCCCAAAGGUUUUGACAGCACCAUCAUCAGUAAGACCUACUACAACGUGGUUCUACAAAACAUCCUGGAAGCAGAGAGUGAAUACUCGAGAGAGCUGCAGAGUCUCCUGGGCUCAUACCUGCGCUCACUUCAGCCCACAGACAAACUCAGCAGUUUUGACAUCACUCACAUUCAGGGAAAUCUUGAGGAGAUCUCAACCUUCCAGCAGAUGUUGGUUCAGUCCUUGGAGGAACAUACAAAACUCCCAGAGAACCAGCAGAGGAUCGGAGGGUUCUUCCUGAAUCUGAUGCCCCAGAUGAAGAUCAUCUAUGUGGCCUACUGCUCCAACCACCCGUCUGCAGUCAAUGUGCUCACACAACACAGUGAAGAACUGGGGGAAUACAUGGAGUCAAAAGGGGCGUCCACUCCCGGGAUCCUGACUCUGACCACUAACCUGAGUAAACCCUUCACCCGACUGGAGAGAUACCCAACGCUGCUGAAAGAACUGGACAGACACAUGGAGGAUCAACACCCUGACAGAGCUGAGCUCAUUGCUUCGAUAACGGACUUUAAAAACUUUGCAGCUAAGUGCCAGGAGGUGAGGAAGAAGAAGGACCUUGAGUUGCAGAUUCUAACAGAGCCAAUCAGAAACUGGGAGGGGGAUGACAUCAGAACUCUCGGCCCUGUUCUCCACAUGUCCCAGUCCACAGUCCACACGCAGAACUGUCAGGAGUCAAGUGAACGCUACCUCGUCCUCUUUCCUCACACUCUGCUCAUGCUCUCUGCCAGCCUGAGAAUGAGUGGGUUCAUCUACCAGGGAAAGAUGCCGCUGUCAGGGAUGCUAAUCUCCAGAAUAGAAGACGGAGAAAACCUGAGGAAUGCUUUUGAAAUAUCUGGAUGCCAAGGUGAUCGGAUGCAGGUGGCAUGUAACAGUCAGCACGAUCUACAGGACUGGCUGGACCUUCUCACCAAACACACGCACACUUCGGCCGCGCACACAAACUCGCUCAAGCAUCAGUCCGUCUGUCACACAUUGCCCUCUCUACCCGCCACUCCCUCCAGACACUCUGAGACCCGUAGCGGAAGCAUUGGACACACCUACCACACUCUUCCUCAUCCUUCUUCAUUUGGGACGGCCCUCAGCAGCAGCCAAAUGUGGGGGGCCCUGGAGCCACCGAGUACCCCCAACCCCUGGAGCCUGAGCUGCCUUCGCCCUGCGCCUCCACUCCGGCCCUCAGUUGCUCUCUGCUCCAAGGAGGAUAUGAGUAAGAGUCCUAAGAACAUGAAGAAGCUGCUCCCAAAGAGGAAGCCAGAGAGGAAACCUUCAGAAGAGGACUUCACUGUCAGAAAAAGUACAGCAGCGCUAGAGGAGGACGCUCAGAUACUGAAAGUGAUUGAGGCUUACUGUACCAGCGCCAAGACACGACAGACUCUCAACUCCACCUGGCAAGGGACUGACCUCAUGCACAACCAUGUGCUCGCUGACAACAGCCUCACCGUCGCUGGUUUCCCUGGCAACCCACCUUGUUCUGACCAAUCAGAGGACUCGGAUUAUGACAGUCUCUGGACCGCCCAUAGUUACAGGACUGCCUCAUUUUCUCGCUCCAGCAGGAAGGAUGUACACAUGUUGUUCCCAGAGGAGGAGAAGAUUAUAGUGGAGGAGACCAGGAGCAACGGACAAACUGUGGUGGAGGAGAGGAGUCUGGUGGACACUGUGUACAGUCUGAAAGAUGAGGUCCAGGGACUCAAACAGGACAACAAGAGGAUGAAGAGGACGCUGGAGGAGGAGCAGCGAGCGAGGAAAGAGCUGGAGAGGAUUGUCAGGAGAGUUCUGAAGAACAUGAAUGAUCCGACCUGGGACGAGACUAACCUCUGAGAUCAAUAUGUAUCUGAUCAUCGUGGCUGAGACUUUUAAAUGACCAAAUGACCUGAAGCUGCCAAUCCUUCAUUCAACAUGUCUCACGAGCUUUGACCUUCACAGUGACCUGUGUGUCAAACUGUGGACCAAGAGAAAAUGCCUGCCAGCCAUCAGCGACGCCAUCCCAACUGACCGUAAAGCUGUGAAGCCAAAUUAGCUGGUAGGCACGAUGACAUCACUUCCUGUCACGCUCCUCUACUUUUUCCAAACCGCCUUCUUUGGAGCACUCACAAACGAAUCCUUUUUCUCAUCUACUUCUGUAUUUAUCUUUCAUUCCUCGUUGCGCUUAUUUGCAUUAAGUAUGAUAUUUCACCGUUGCCAGAACUGUGUUUUAUAUACUGGCCGAGCGCAUGAACAAGAACGCUACGCGGGUUUUUACAUUUUAGAGAUUGAAACAUGAUCCCACACUCAUUUCAUUGGCAGCAAUUUUAUUUCAAUGUCAAUGUUAAAUCAUCGUAUAGAAGACAUUUCUAUUUUAAGAUAUAAUGUAUGCUAUUGAUUCUAACAAACUAUACAUCUGGUUUAUUUGUUACAUCAAAUAAAAAGAGUAUUCAAUCACUACAUUUUAAAAUAAACGUACAUUUACCAGCACUUAUGAGUGACAGGAAGAGACUAAAGGUGUGUGACGUAAAGAUUAUUGCAGUUAUGAUGAAAACAUCAACAGACCACCUUAUUAUUUUAUGGAUCCACUGCAUCGCUUCAUUGGUUAUGCAAACUUGUGGUGUGAUUAUUUUUAAGAAUAAAAUAUUUUUUUGUAUUUAACUAAUUACAAGUGAGUUUCACCAGAGAAAUGGACACAAACAAUGAAUCGUUCUUGGUUCUGCUGUGACUGUUCUUCCACUUCUGCGUACACAUGAUUGUUAGGAGUUUAAAGCCUAAAGAUAAAUGAUCAGCUUUAAUUAACUGAAGCUCAUCAGAUCAAAAGCAACACAUCUCAAAGAUGUGUAGAGAAUCAUCUUGUUAUUGUCAAAGAGAAGCUGUAGGGAGACUUUCUCAGGAAUUAACUCGUCCAACGGGGAGUUUCAGUUUUGAGCUCCAGAUUAAUUUCCAUUUCAAUAUUGCAGAUAGACUCUAAGCCAUAUUUAAAGGUUUAGGAAACUUGAUUCAGAAUUGUGUGAUUUUCAAACGUUUAGUUAUACAUGUGAUGUACCGUGCAAAGCAUUUCACCAGGGUAGUAUGGACGUUCAGAGGCCUAAACUUUACGUUUGAAAAUGUUGAAAUUUCACAAAUAUCCUUCUUUUGCAUUGUUCAACACGUCACGCCCCGCGUUGAGUUUUAUAUGUUUCACUUUUUCUAAACUUGUGGACCUACUGUCACUUUUCUUUGCUCCAGCUGUUAAUAUUGUGAUGGUCUGAAGGAUAAACUAAAAGAGUUUCAUGAGGUACAAUCAAAUACUGCACUGAAGUGAUACUGAGGCAUUUAUUUAUGUCACACAGAUACCAUCAAAGUUCAUUUUUUGUUUCGUCUUAACUCCAGGAGCGAAGCUAAAUAUCCACGGGGAGUCAGCUCGCUGCUCGUUCUGUUUCAAGACCAAAGUCCAAGCAAUACAACACUGGAAAAUGUUUUUUUUUUUUUACGAUAUGCAACUUACUGUACAAUGAUUUCUUAUUUUUAUAUUUGUGAUUGUGUUUUUACUCUUAUCAACUGGUUUUGAUUUGUAACACUACUUAUUUUCUACUGGACCUUGUUGAUCACACUAAAGAUGAUUUAUGCAGAAAAGCAGCAUAUUUCUCAUGAACGUCAGGAGACGUGCCUUGGGGAGAAGAACUUUUCCUUUGCUAAAGUUAUUAGGACUUAAAACUUCACCUACAACUGAAAAUGCUACUGAAAUAGAAACCACACUAAUGCAAGCUAUGUAAUACAGUGUGUCAAUUAUUGACUCUUAACUUAUGUAUUUAACUGAAAAUGACUGAUGUAAAUGUAUUGUGUGUUCAAAUGUCAUGGUGAUUACAAGAAUCAUCUUCCCUCUAUUUAUUUUGCCCGUUUGUCUGUGAAUAAAAUGUUGAAUAAAAUGAU